AUGGAGGAGAUUGAGCUAACACUGAAGCUAAGGGUGGAAGGGUUCGAUUAUGUGGUGUAUGCAACGUCAGACACUGCGUUGAAAUGUUUCAGUUGCGGUGGAGCUGGACACAUUGGUCGCUAUUGUCCUGGCAAAAAUGCCAACACUGAAAAGGAGAAAACUCCAGCUAAAACCAAUGAGUCCUCCACAGUCGUUCCCCCAGUCACUGAGGUAGAACCCUCGGUGGAUGGGCCCGAGGGAAGCGGACUUGAACGGGAUUUUCUGAUUGUGCUUGGCCCCGAAGCCGUGGCGGGUGAGUCGGUGGUGAUGGAGCCUGCUGUCGCUAUAUUUGUUGCAGAAGAGCUAGCUGCGGCUGGAUCAUGUGAACCUGGAAAUAAGAAGGGGCCUUCAAUACAGACACUGACAGUCCCUCAAACGUCAGUGGAUGUGGUGGAGGCUAUCGACAUAGACCCAGUUUUCAAAGCCCCGGUGAAGAGAAAAAUGGGCCCGGAGAUUAACAAACCCUCGGCCCACAUGCACCGAACACCACCGUACUGCUUGGCCAUGGAGUACAUCCCCAACCUGAUAAAGCUGGCUGACUGGGUGAUCUCGCGCUGUAAGGUGGUGAAGGGCAAUGAGAAGCAGACUGACCGCCUGGCUGAGAAGGUGGCCUCCCUGAAGAAGGUCCUGUCCAGUCUGCAGGCGCAGGACCCCAGCCACACGCACCCCCAGGCCCUGAAGGAACAGCUGGCCAAGCUCCAGACGUGCUUCAGGGACGCGGAGGAGCUGCUGAUCAAGUACGGGAAGAAAAACUCAGUGGACCGUGUGUUCAACGCCAAGGCCAUAGAGGAGGACUUCAAGGGCAUGUUCCAGCGCCUUGAUGACGUCAGGCAGCAGCUCUCACUCUUCCUGCAGGUGGAGCAGAGGGACAUCGUAGUCAGGUCAGAGCAGAAGAUCGACUCGAUCCAGGACACGGGGAGCAGGUCAGAGCAGAAGAUCGACUCGAUCCAGGACACGGGGAGCAGGUCAGAGCAGAAGAUCGACUCGAUCCAGGACACGCAGAGCAGGGCAGAGCAGAAGCUCGACUCGAUCCAGGACACGGGGAGCAGGUCAGAGCAGAAGAUCGACUCGAUCCAGGACACGGGGAGCAGGUCAGAGCAGAAGAUCGACUCGAUCCAGGACACAGGGAGCAGGUCAGAGCAGAAGAUCGACUCGAUCCAGGACACAGGGAGCAGGUCAGAGCAGAAGAUCGACUCGAUCCAGGACACGGGGAGCAGGUCAGAGCAGAAGAUCGACUCCAUCCAGGACACAGGGAGCAGGUCAGAGCAGAAGAUCGACUCGAUCCAGGAAACGCUUGGCAUGCUGAUUGUGAAGGUCAAAGGGCCUGAGACUCCGUCCCCGGCCGCCUCCCCACAGGAUGCAGGUCCUGGGGUUUCUCCCCCGGCAACACCACCACAGGACCCUGAUCAUACCUCAAAAAUAAAUGAAUACAAGACAUCCGUCUGCUCCACAUAUAAAAAAGUGAAGGAGUAUAACUCUCUAGCUGGUGAGAAUGUGCUGCUGGAUGACCGCUACACUGAGCUGCUGAUCGUUGAGACACACAGAAAGCAGAGAGAAAGAGAGGAGGAGAUCCGUUGUAGAGGAGAAGAUCACCAGCAGGUCUUAAAAACCAGGGCCAGUGAAGCGUACAGCAGAAUCACUGUUGACCAGUUGUUCAAACCCGAUAAAGAUGGAGAUGUUCCAAAGGCAGUCAUUAUGCAGGGCAACUCUGGAUAUGGCAAAUCCUUCACUGUUCAGAAGAUCAUGUACGACUGGGCCUCAGGAAGAGUAUUCAAAGACCUGUUCCACCUUGUUCUUCACCUUAAAUGCAAAGAGCUAAAUGAAAUCUCAGAGGCAUGCAGUCUGGUGGAUCUCCUGAGUGUCACUAAUGAGACAGCAGAGGUGCUGAAGGACUCAAAAAUGAAAGUGCUCUUCCUCAUUGAUGGCUUUGAUGAGCUCAAGUUCUCAUUUGAGAAAACUAGCACAGUGCCACCUAAAGACCCUUUCAGAGAAGCUCCUGUUGAGGCCAUUCUGGGUGCUCUGCUGAAGGGGCUUCUCCUGCCUAAGUGCUUCCUGCUGGUCACCACCAGGUCCACUGCUUCAGACAAACUGAGCAAGCUGCUCAGUGGUUCUCAGCGUUUCACUGACAUCCUAGGCUUCACUGAGGAGGGGGUGAGGGAGUACUUCCAUAGCUUUUUCAAAAACGAAGAACUGCUAGCAAAGAAAGCAUUCGACUGUGUGAAGACCAACGAGACUUUGUACACUGCCUGCUUCAUCCCCGUCAUCUGCUGGAUCACCUGCACAGUUUUCAGGGAGCAAGAAGAAAAAGGCAUGGACAUCACUAAGGGACUACAAACACCCACCUCUAUAUUUGAGCACUUUGUGUCCACUCUGCUGGAUCAUCACUCCCAGGGUUUGAGUCAGCCUGAAACACUGCUGAGGAGACUGGGCCAGCUGGCAGAGAGAGGGUUACAGGAACAUCAGGUCCUGUUUGAUGAGAAGAGUUUGUCUGAGGCUUUCCCUGAUCCAUCACAAGCAACCGAAUACAAUCCUUUCCUUUGCGAAUGCUUGCUAAAGAGUACAGUCAGUAAAGAAAGAAUGUACAGUUUCAUGCAUCUGAGCUUCCAGGAGUUCUUCGCUGCUCGCCAGUACCUGAUGUUGGAGAAUAAGGAAGAGGCACUUGGCAAACUACAGGAGUUGUUAGGAAACGUUGGAAGUUUUAAACCUGUUGUUCAAUUCCUUUUUGGGCUUUCAAACAGAGGCAUUGACACACACCUGAAAAAGCAGUCCUGGGCAUCCAUUCAAGCCUUUCUGCAGGAGUGGCUUCUAAGCGUUUUGGAAAAACACAGAAUGCAUAAAGAGGGUAUGCUGCAAAUACAUAGAGGAAUGUUUGAGGAUAUUCUGCAUAUACUUCAUUGUCUCUAUGAGCUCCAUGAGGAGGAGUUUGUAAAGAGAGCCAUGGGAGUCUGGGGUGAGGUGAAGUUUGACUUUAUUCCCCUGACAAGGACAGACUGCUGGGUGCUGCUGUACUGCCUGCAGUGUUGCCCGACCAUCAGAAGCCUGAAGCUCCAUGAGUGCAACAUAACAGCAGAUAAGCUGAGGAUGCUGCAGCCUGCACUGAGCAGGUGUGAGGAGCUGGGGUGAGUGUGUGUGUGUGUGUGUGUGUGUGUGUGUGUGUGUGUGUGUGUGUGUGUGU